UUUCUUGAACGUUUUCUGGGAAAGAACAUGGGAUUUGGGGAAAACCCUCUGCAGUUUAUAAAAAGGACAAUGGAUCCCACUAGUUCUUCACUUUUCACUUUCACUUCACGGCCUCUUGACUCCUCACCUCCCCAUCUUCUCACCUCUCGCUAAUUACAUUCACGAUGGCCUUCGCACCAAAAGCCUGCAGUCUUUUCCUGGUGGUUUUGCUGGGAGUUUGUAUACAGCUCAACGGAGCUCAACACGUUCCAGGUGCCAGAUGCAAAUGCCCAGGAACCAUUAUGCACACUCAGGAAAUCAUUGAUGACUUUGAAAUCAUUGAAAAGACCCACUACUGUGACACUACUGAAAUCAUUGUUACACUGGCAGAAGAUGGAGCCAGAAGGUGCCUGAACCCUGUUGGAAGGAAGGCCAUGUUUUUCGUCAACUGCUGGAACAGAAUAAACAAGGACGACAAGCAAAAGAAGAGGUGUCUUAAGAGAAAAGCAGAGUGAACGUAACGGAGGAGGAGAGAAGGGGCAUGGAAAACCCAACGGCUGGAUUUUCCCUGAAGUCAUGUGACCAAACACACACAAGAAGAAUGUUGGGGGCUGACACUGCACUUUAGAGAGAGAGAAUGAGAGAGAGAGAGAAAGAGAGAGAAAGAGAGAGAGAGAGAGAGAUAGAGAGAGAGAGAGAGAGAGAGAGAGAGAGAGAGAGGGGAGAGAGAGAGAGAGAGAGAGAGAGAGAAAGAAAGAAAGGAAGAAAGGAAGAAUGAGAGAGAGAGAGAGAGAAGAGGGACUUUCUAUUUCAUCAGUUUCCUUUGUGAUUAUGGGUUACAGCACUGUAUACAACUACAAGUAUACAACACUAAUUGUGAGACAUUUAAAGAUAUCAUAUGUAAAACUCUUUAUUUAUUUUUCUAUUUGAUAUUUAAAUAAGUGUAUAUUAAUGAACAGAUAAAUAUGAUUUUGAUACAACUGAAAUAAAAAGAUUUUUGACACAAC